GUACGGCCCCCACCAGGAUGCUGAUCCCUUCAAACCCAGGGUCCCGGCUCUGAUCCACCACUUUGUGGCCUAUAAGAACCAGGACCAUGGAGCCUGGCUGAGGGGGGGCGACGUGUGGCUGGACGACUGCCAAUUUGCUGAUAAUGGCAUCGGCCUCACUCUGGCGAGUGGAGGGACGUUCCCAGACGAUGACGGCUCUCGCCAGCAGGUGAUAAACUCUCUGUUUGUGGGUGAGAGUGAGAACCGCGGGAUGCCCGUCCCUGACAACAGGAUCUGGGGCCCCGGGGGGUCCGACCACAGCGGCAGAACGCUGCCUCGCGGCGUGUAA